AUGUUAUCGAGUCUAUCAAACCAUCUGCGGAAUCGCCGUGUGAUCCUGGCAUCCCAGAGCCCUCGUCGUCUCGAACUCCUCAGUGACUGCGGUCUUAGCUUUGAGGUGAUCCCGUCUACUUUCGAAGAAAACCUGCCUAAGGAACAGUUCGCGACACCUGAUCUCUACGUUAUCGAAAACGCCAAGCAAAAAGCUCUAGAAGUGCUUUGUCGAGUAUCGAGCGACAAGAAAAGUGCGUCCGAGCUUCUGGUAGUCGUCAUUGGAUGUGACACUGUCGUGGUGCAGGACGGGGUGAUCCUGGAAAAACCCAAAGAUGAGCAGGACGCCUUCAACAUGUUGACAGGACUUUCAGGCCGCCCCCACCAAGUUUUCUCGGGUGUGGCGCUAUUGACUGCGAAAAGGGGCACCAAUGACCCGCACUUGUUUUUUGAAACGACUCGUCUGGUAUUCGGUCCCUUGGAGCCCGAAGAUAUCCGGACGUACAUUGCGACAGGAGAACCAAUGGACAAAGCUGGAGCAUACGGGCUGCAAGGUCGAGCGCGGUGUUUCGUGAAAGAGAUCCAUGGCUGCAGCAAUAACGUUAUCGGCUUCCCAGUGCAGCGUUUUUGCCACGAGGUAAACGUGCUUGCGUCUCGUGGUGAACUUUAG